AUGGACAGAGGAACAAAGUUACUUCUCAGACAGAGAGGAAGAGGUAAAAGACUAAGAAAUUUAUUAUUUGAUGUCCCCGUAAUUAUCAGAACUCCAGUAAGAGAAGUACAAGAUGAAUCAUUUCAAUUCAACGAACAACCCCGAUUCGACGAACCACCAAUAGAUGAGGUACCAACAUAUGAGGCACCAAUUGAUGAUGCGCCAAUUGACGAAGCACCACAUUAUAAUGAACCUCCUAAUAUCGAAUACUCGCAUGUAUUAGAUGAUGACGAAUACAAUGAACAACCAAAAGUAGAUAGCCCAAGAGGGUAUCGUGAUGAUGUUUCAAUUGCUCAACAAACUAAAUAUAACUUCAAUGAUAUCCCACUACGACAGCUUUCAUCUUCUAUCACUUCAGUGACCACUAUAGACGUGCUCAUUUCAUUAUUCACCGAUUUAUUCGAAUUGGAUCUGAUACCACAAGCGUUGAAUGACUUCAAUAGCAACACUGAGCAGAUCGAUAAACUUAUGUCGAAAUUAGAUUUAAAAAUUUUCACAAUGGUAAUGAAAUCGAUGCAAAAUGAUUUAAAAGAUAUUUUAGAUAUAAACGUUUCCAACAACGAAUUGUGCUACCAAUUAAGACAGAUUGUCAACGCAAAGGAGGAGAUGAAUGAGAAUUUAGUGACGAUAAGGUCAAACCUAAGCAAGAUCAAGAAUGGACAUGAUUGGUACAGCUUGCAGAAAGAACAUACCAAACUAAAGGAAAGAAUACAAUUGAAUAAUAAACUAAAUCAAUUAAAUCAAAAUUUAUUAAAUAAUACAGAAAUUGUUAAAAAAGAUUUAAAUAUAUCAAAUACAAAUCUAUUAUCAACAACGUUGGAUCCCUAUAAUGGAACAAUUGCGAAGAUUGAUAGAAUAAAUUCAAUCCUACAAAAACAAUUAAUAUCAAAUGAAAACUAUUAA